AAAACCACCAAAUUAAAAUGUACUAAGUUUAAUAAACUUAAUUGUUAUUAACUAUGUUAUAGAUUAUAGAAUAGUCUUAGACUGAUCUUAUGCAUGACUGUUUUUUAAUUAAAGCAUAACCAAAAUAUAACUAUGCAAUAAUCAUUAUUCUAAACGUUAUUCGUGUGCGUGGAUAAUGUGUAAAAUGGAAACAAUGACAAUGACAUGUUCGGACGUGACAAAUGACCACCACGUAUUGAAGCAACCAACUAAAGUGCUGUUGACCCUAAGUAACGUACUUUUGCCUAAGGAAAAGCUCACGUCCACACCGUCGAUGAUAGACGGGUUAGAUUUCGAGACCGAAGUCGACCUUAGGAUCGUUGGAUGCGAGUGGAUUCAGACUGCUGGCAUGCUGCUUAAACUUCCCCAGGUUGCAAUGGCAACUGGACAAGUGUUGUUUCAACGAUUUUACUAUACAAAAUCUUUUGUUCGUCACCCAAUGGAAAUAACUGCAAUGGCAUGUACAUGUUUGGCCUCUAAAGUUGAAGAAUCACCAAGACGUAUUCGGGAUGUUAUUAAUGUUUAUCAUCAUAUUCGUCAAGUUUUAAAUCAAAAAUUGAUUUCGCCGUUGGUACUUGAUCAAAAUUAUGUACAGAAAAAGAUGCAGGUAAUAAAAGCGGAACGACGCGUGCUCAAGGAGCUUGGCUUUUGUGUACAUGUAAAACACCCGCAUAAACUCAUUGUAAUGUACCUACAGGCACUUGGAUUUGAAAAACAUCAAUCAAUCAUGCAGAUGUCCUGGAACUAUAUGAAUGAUUCAUUACAAACCGAUGUAUUUGUUCAAUUUUAUCCAGAAACUAUUGCUUGUGCUUGUAUAUAUCUGUCAGCUAGGAAAUUAAAAAUACCUUUGCCUAAACGUCCAGCAUGGUACUCUUUAUUUAAUUCAAAUGAAACAGACAUCCAGGACAUCUGUCGUAAAAUACUCAAACUUUAUCUUAGGCCAAAAGUUAUUACAGAAGAUUUAGAAAAGCGAGUUGAAGAAUCAAAAAAAGAAUAUGAUCAUGCCAAGAAGAAAGCUAAAGAAGCAAUUGUUCGUUCAGUAGUACAAACGAAAGCAAUAAUGCCUAAUUCAAAUAAUGGAAUAACUGCAGCUAUCCCUGAAAACAUUAGUUUAACUACCUCAAAUAAAAAACCAAUCAAAAAAAGAAGUAGAAGUAUAACACCUUUGAAAAUUAAGUCUAGAAGUAAAAGUCCAAGAUAUUUAAAGAAAUCAAAAAAAAGAAAAUUAGUACCGACUUACAGAGACUAUAAAGAAUACAAAGAUUACAAAAAUUGCAGAGAUUACAAAGAUUAUAAAGAUUAUAGAGGCAAUGAAAAUUAUAAAUCUAAAUCUAGAAACUACAACUAUCGUAAAAGAUAUUAAUAGUCAUAUACUUAUAAUAUACUCUUAAAAAUGUCCUAUAUUUAAACAUUGCUUGUUUAGUAAAUUUCAAAUCAAGUAUAUUUUUCUCAAAUCUAUAAUACAUGUGUGUUAAUUAAUUAAAAAAUCAAAAGUCAAGUUCAUGAUAAAGUGCCAUCUUUAUUAAUGUA